GAUACACAUAUAUAAAAUAAAUCAAGGCAAGCGGCGCGAAAACAUUUGAAAAUCGACGAUAUCAGUCAAAAAGUUUGGGUCCCAGAGGCAGCUGCCCCCGAUCACUUUUUGUGUUACUGUGUUGGUGCAAGUGAAGGUUAUUGGUGCAAUAUUGAAAAUUGCGUGCUCAUAAUUGGAUUUAAAUAAGGAUGUCACAGCUUCCAUCCAUUUGGUUUCUCCUUCUAGGAACCCUAUUGGGUACGACGACGGGUCAAUCAAAUCUCCUGGAUGGAGUUAUCAAGCUACUUCAAGAUGGCGACAACCAGAUACAGAAGGAACCACCCGACAUGCCGGAAUACGAGAUGCUGAAAGAGUAUGAUUUUAUCAUAGUUGGAGCAGGAACAGCUGGAUGUACAUUAGCCAAUCGGUUGAGUGAAAACCCUGACUGGAAUGUCCUACUUAUUGAAGCAGGAAGACCUGAAAAUUUUAUGAUGGACCUUCCCAUCUUAGCUAAUUAUCUCCAAUUCACAGACACCAAUUGGAAAUAUACAACAGUACCCAGUGGAAAUUAUUGCCUAGGAUUCGACAACCAACAAUGCAAUUGGCCGAGAGGCAAAGUGAUGGGUGGAUCCAGUGUGUUAAAUUAUAUGAUAUAUACCAGAGGAAACCGCCUGGAUUACGACCAUUGGGCCAGUUUAGGAAACACAGGAUGGUCAUAUGAAGAAGUACUGCCAUAUUUUAAAAAAGUAGAAAAUUUUAGUGUACACGAACACAUGAACCCUAUGGACCCAAGGUACCACGAUACCAAAGGACAUUUAACAGUGAGUUAUUCACCCGGUAAGACAAAAAUAGCUGAAGCUGUCAUAGAAGCUAGCAAGCAAUAUGGUCUUCCUGAAAUUGAUUACAACGCUCAAUCACAGAUUGGUGUAUCUCGGCUCCAAGUCUCCAUGGAAGAUGGUGUGCGAGACAGUUCAAGCAGGGCGUAUCUACAUCCAAUUUCAGACCGACCUAACCUCCACGUCAUUAAGUUCACCAUGGUAUCAAAAAUUCUCAUUGAUCCAGCUACCAAAACAGCCUAUGGAGUGCAAUAUGUAAGAAACGGAAAGAAACGUAUAGCUCGAGCUACAAAAGAAGUAAUUUCAUCUGCCGGGGCUAUAAACUCACCACAACUGCUUAUGCUUAGUGGGAUAGGACCUAAAAAGCAUUUGACCUCUGUGGGUAUUAAAGUUCUUAAAGAUCUUAAAGUUGGUUAUAAUCUUAUGGAUCAUGUGGCCACUGGAGGAUUAACUUUCGUUAUAGACAAACCUUACUCUAUCAGAAUUGAUAGAGUGAUCACCAGGGAGAAUCUAGAUAUGUAUCUAAAUCAUCAUCAGGGUCCCUUAACCAUAGCUGGAGGUUGUGAAGUACUAAUAUUCCACGACUUUUCCAACCCCGGUAAUCCUAAUGGGCACCCAGAAAUGGAAUUGCUGUAUGAAGCUGGUUCUGUGGUGUCUGAUUAUACUUUUCGAAGAAGUUUCGGUAUUACUGAUGAGAUAUACGAUGCUGUAUACACUCCGAUACAAAACAAAGAUACGUUCAUGGUAAUGCCCAUGUUGAUGAGGCCGAAAAGUAAAGGAAAAGUUAUGUUGAAAGAUGCUAACUACAAGAGUAAGCCUUUGAUAUACCCCAACUAUUUCGCUUUUAAAGAGGACAUGGAUAUAUUGAUUAAAGGUAUACGUUUGGCUGUUAAUAUCUCAGAACAACCAGCCUUAAAGGCCAUAGGAGCUAGAUUGCAUGACAUACCCAUACCUCAGUGUAAAAUAUUCCCUUUUGGUACCGACGAAUACUUUGAAUGCAUGACUCGCCAAUUCAGCUUCACAAUUUACCAUCAAAGUGGAACUUGUAAAAUGGGCCCACCAAAAGAUAGAAGGGCAGUAGUAGAUCCAAGAUUACGAGUCUAUGGCAUUAAAAACCUAAGGGUUAUAGAUGCGUCUAUUAUGCCAGAAAUACCGGCAGCUCAUACAAACUCGCCAACAUAUAUGAUAGCGGAGAAGGGGGCAGAUAUGAUCAAGGAAGAUUGGGGAAUGAAGAAAUAACUGUGAUAUAAAUAUAGGAUUGUACAUAUUAGGUUAAGUUUUAAUAUUAUUUAUUAAUCUGCAGUAAAUUUGUGAUAAAUAACUUUUAGUAGUACUUUUUAUUUUACUGUAACAAUAUACUCGUAUGUAUAAAACGUUUAAAAAAUAUGUGUAAAUAAAACAAACUAUUGGUAAAUAA